GGCAUAUGUUCACGAACAGGAAAAAUUAUCGACCGAAGAAUAUGUUUAUGCUCAAACAUAUCUGAACAAUGUUAAAGCUCAUUUGAGAAAAAGUGUCUUAAAUGAAUUAAAAUCAGAACAAACAAAUAUAUCAUUGUCGGAACAAACGUUGUUAAAUCAAUUGUUACCAAAACCAAAUAGCGAUGAAUUUGUCUUUUUUCAAAAUGGUACACAAGAUGUUAAUGGCCUAUUAUUAGAUUCAGCGAGAAAUCGAAGUGAAAUUAUAGAUUUAAAAUCAACGGAACAAUAUUUAAUGCAAUUUAAACAUAUUGAUAAAUUAUUAGAACAACAUCAAAUUCAACUUAUAUAA